GGGGUGGAGUGGACGCAGUUAUGCCAACAAGCCGAUUACUGAAGGCUACUGAGCCCUCUCUGACAAUUUGCGUCCGUCCUCUCAUGGUCAAACACAGGCGGACACAACACAUCUGAAGCUGAAGUUUGGAAUCGUACGGAGAGCGGGCUUCAUUCAUCGCAGGAAAGUACUUUUUUUUUCCAGUGGACGAUGAUGGAUUAAUAUUGUGAGAACUCCAUUGUUUCUAUUACAUUGGAUUUUGAGAGAUUUUGAGAUUUUAGAGAGCUAAAAGUGACUUUCUGGUACUUAUAUUGUAGUUGUUGUGGUGUCACCGUUUUGUAUUUUUAAACUGCUCUGUAUUUGAUCUUUACAACCUGCUUAGUGUUUCAGUAGUAGUAGUUUCAACAGUUAAAAAAAUAAUAAUAAUAAAAUAAGUUAACAAUAAAAGAACACAUCUAAUGGAAAUGGAAGCUGUAAACUUUGUCAGUAAGUGAAUUUUACAUUCAGGCUCCCACAUACCAAAUCACAGAGACAAUAAGAGCCGCCUUUGCUUUUCCCAGUUUAAAGUGCAAGGCGUAAAAAUGACCAGUCUCUCCAGGAGUGCAGAUGACCAGAAAGGCAUCAGCGAGAGUCCGGCUCAAAAACCGGAGACACCCAGGUUCCGCAGCUGGAGCAGCCUCCGCUUUUCGAGGUGGAGAAGCAGCUCGCAGAGGACUACUCCCCCUGCCACCCCGUCCCCGAAGACAGACAAGAGGAGUGAUGUGAGCAAGACACUUUUUUCCUUGGUCAAGACUCACAAUGAUGACUAUACGGCGGAUCCUGAUGGCCUGCUGGAUGCCAACGUGGAGGGCGAAGAGGGCGAUGAUGAUACCCAGCAGGACGAGUCCACCUUCUUCCAGAGGCAGUUUGGAUCCAUGCUGCAGCCGGGGAUCAACAAGUUUUCCCUGCGCAUGUUUGGCAGCCAUAAAGGUGUUGCAGCUGAACAGGCAAGGGUCAAGAGCUUUGGAGUGUGGAUCAUCCACCCAUACAGCGACUUCAGGUUUUACUGGGACAUUGUGAUGCUCCUGUUGAUGAUGAGCAAUCUGGUCAUUUUGCCCUGGGGAAUCACCUUCUUUGAAGACCAGAACACCAUGCCCUGGAUCACUUUUAACGUCCUGUCUGACACACUCUUCCUCAUGGACUUGGUUUUCAAUUUUCGCACGGGCAUCCCAGGAGAGGACAGCCAUAUCAUCCUGGACCCCAAAGAGAUCCGCAUGCAUUACCUCCGUACCUGGUUCAUGGUGGACUUCGUCUCCUCCAUCCCAGUCGACUACAUCUUCCUCAUUGUCGACCUGGAGUCCCGGCAUGAGUCGUCUGACGUGUACCGCACCGCCCGCGCCCUCCGCAUCGUGCGCUUCACCAAGAUCCUCAGUCUGCUGCGUCUUCUCCGACUGUCUCGCCUCAUCCGCUACAUUCACCAGUGGGAGGAGAUUUUCCACAUGACUUAUGACCUGGCCAGUGCUGUGGUGCGUAUAGUCAACUUGAUUGGCAUGAUGCUGCUGUUGUGCCACUGGGAUGGCUGCCUGACCUUCAUGGUGCCGAUGCUGCAAGACUUCCCCCAAGAUUGCUGGGUAUCCAAAAAUAAUAUGGUGAAUUCUACGUGGCACAUACAGUACUCCUACGCCCUGUUUAUGGCCAUGAGUCACAUGUUGUGUAUAGGAUACGGUGCCCACCCUCCAGAAGGCAUGACCGACGUUUGGCUCACCAUGAUCAGUAUGGUCGUGGGGGCCACCUGCUACGCCAUGUUCCUUGGUCAUGCGACAAACCUGGUCCAGUCCCUGGAUGCAUCACACCGGCAGUAUCAAGAGAAGUACAAGCAAGUGGAGCAGUACAUGUCGUUCCAUAAACUGCCGGCAGAUGUAAGACAGAGGAUCCAUGAUUACUAUGAGCAGCGAUUUCAGGGCAAGAUGUUUGAUGAGGACAGCAUCCUCGGAGAGCUCAGUGAUCCACUCAAGGAGGAGAUUGUCAGCUAUAACUGCCGUGGACUAGUGGCUAACAUGCCACUGUUUGCCAACACUGACCCUCAUUUUGUGACGGUGAUCCUGACCAAACUGCGAUUUGAAGUCUUCCAACCCGCAGACUUGAUCAUACGCGAAGGAACGCUGGGUCGGAAAAUGUACUUCAUCCAGCACGGCACUGUCACUGUCAUCCCACGUGGCAGUAAGGAGAUUAAGCUCAACGAUGGAGCAUAUUUUGGGGAGAUCUGCCUGCUAACUCAAGGCCGACGCACAGCCACAGUGAGGGCCGACACCUACUGUCGCCUCUAUUCCCUAAGUGUGGACAGUUUCAACGAGGUCCUGGAGGAACAUCCCCUUAUGAGGAGGGCGUUUGAGAGUGUGGCUGUGGACCGACUGGGCCGGGUGGCUCGCAGACCCAGUUAUCAGCCUCCCCCACCUGAAUGAUGUCUUCAGUGCUGGCAGAGAGAGACUCUGGCCAGAAAUGUUCAGGGCAUUUGUCACAUUUUGACUGAACUUGGCCACACAAAAAAGAAACACUUCAAUGUAAACUUUAUUGAUUGCUGUUUACUUUAGCAGUCAGUGAUGGACAAUCUAAUGGAUAUAAAUAAAACCCUGAGUUUUAUUUAUAAGAUAUUAUUACUGCGUUUGGCUGAAAAUGUUGUACCUUCAGUUGAUUUAAUUUUGGUACUUGAAUCUCAAUAAGCUAUAUUAACAUUUUUGUGUUAGAUCUUUGUACACUUUACAUCUACGUUACAUCUAUUGUGUAAUUUACAUUACAGUUAUGAGACAAGGAAUCACUAUUUUAUUGUUUCUUCAGCAACCUAACAUUUUAGAUUUUCUUUUUUACCAUCGGCAACAGAUGGUCUUCCAAAUGUAAAUGCUUUAGUAGUCAAUCAGUUCGCUGAAUGCUUUCAGAGACUACAGUUUCAUUAUCCAUCACAUCAUUCUUAGGAGUUAUUGGAAGCACACAUGAGCACCAGCUGGACGAUACUUCAUAUAGCUGUAUGUAGCGCUGAUUCAAAUGAUCCCUCAGGUCUGUAGGUUGCAUCAAGUCAGGGUUUAAUACUGAUGCUCACCGAGGAUAAGCUGCUGUGAUGUAAUAACUGUACAGGGACAGAUUGUACAUGGUUAUAGAUCACUGUUUAAAUUGCUACAUUUCAUGUUAUGGACAGUUGUAGCUUGAAAAAAACUUCCCAUCUGAAGAGUUUAGCUUUGCAUCUGUACAAUUUAGUAUCCAGUAUGAUAAGGUGUUUUCCACACAUUUUCUUCAGUAAUAAUUACUUAAUUU